GGUUUUUUUUUUUGUUUUUUUUUUUCUUUAACUCUAGAUCCUGUCAUAUGUCUGAUCUUAUUGUCGAACAACAAAAGCCUCAAGAAAAUCAAACAAAGGCUCCUUCUUCUAAAUUAAAAUGUCUUGUUAUUGAUACUAAUGCCAUUAUUAAUGGUAUGUCUCUCCGAAACAUGGCCGAAGAAUUUUUCACUUGUCCUGAAGUAUUGUAUGAACUUCGCAGUGCUCAUUCGAGAGAAUUCUUGUCUCGUUUACCUUUUGAGCUCCAAGUUAUGAAUCCUACCGAAGAAGCCAUCAAAUUUGUAUCUGAAUUCUCCAAAAAGACAGGCGAUUUCGGUGUUCUCUCUCAACCAGAUUUAAGAGUACUUGCUCUUACUUAUACACUUGAAAAGAAAGAAAAUGGCGAUGCUAAUAUCCGUAAGGAGCCUUUGACAACAAGACCCUCCGGAUCACUUCCUAGCGCACCUCCACCAGCACCUUACAAGAAGUCUGUUGUAGAGAAGCAAGUGGAUGAAGAUGGAUGGGAAAUUGCAACACAUUCAAAGAAAGCACCCGCCAAAAAGCAGACACCCAAAAGAACAACUAAGCAAGGACUCAAAAAAGAAGAGCCUGUCAAACAAGAAUCCGAAAAGGUAGAGGAAGAACCAGUUGUUAAAGACAGUCAAGAGCAAAUCGAAAGAGUUUCCGAAUCCAUUGAAAAGUUGGAUAUUCAACCUGAACAACAACAAGAAGAAGAUGAAUCAUCAGAUGAAGAAGGAGGAGAAUGGAUUACACCUGACAAUGUAGAUGAAUACAAGGCUGCUGAAAUUGGUGUUACUGCUGAUGAACUUCGUAAUAAGGCAGCUAUGGCUGUUGGCUGUAUGACUGCUGAUUUUGCUAUGCAAAACGUCUUGUUACAAAUGAACUUGAACUUGGUAUCUGCUGGUGGUUAUCGUGUUAAAAAGAUUAGAAAUUCAGUGAUGAGAUGUCAUGCUUGUUUCACUGUCACAAAUGAUUUAGAAAAGAAAUUCUGUCCCAAGUGUGGUAAUGCUACUCUUCAGCGUGUCACCUGCAGUACAAACAGCAAAGGUGAAAUCUCAUACCAUUUAAAGAAGAACUUCCAAUACAGACUGCGUGGUACUAUUUAUGAUAUUCCUCCUCCUAAGGGCGGCCGUAAAGUCAAUAAUAUUGUGUUGAGAGAAGAUCAACGAGAAUAUAUCAAAGCUACUCAAAGAAAGCAAAAGAAGGCUGUUGUUGACAUGUUUGAUCCCGACUUCAUUCCUUUGUAUGGCAAGACAGACACAAGAGAAAUCACAAAUAACAUGUUUGGUACUGACGUUAUUGGCUUUGGUCGCAAGAAUCCAAACGCCUCUAAAAAGCGAGUCGGCAAAAAGAAGAAAUCACUCAACUUCUAAGCCCUUUUCCUUUUUUUUGUAAAUACAGUACUUCUACCGUCAUUUGAAAACGCUAGUCAGAAUUUAGAGAAAAAAGCACCAUUUGUAAUAAAGGUUUAACAAAAUA